UUGCAGAUCGACCCCCCUACAGGGGCAUCUACCAACCCUCCAUCGCAGGCUCAUGGGGGUCAGGUGGGAGGGGCUAGCGGGGGCGGGCUGAUGGUGAAUGCAGGGUUGCCGGAUGAGGGAAGCAGCGACGAUGCCAAUACUCCUCCGAGGUCUCAAAAUACUUCGCGUGAAGAAGACGAUAGCUCUAACGCUAACGAAAGCGACUGUAAAAGCCCCAAUCAGCGGUAUGCAUUAACAAAGUCCAAUCAAAGAUGGAUGAAGUUACGGACAACAGUGCAGAUAUCAUCAGCAAUACAAAAAAAACCUCCGUUAAAACGAGAAGACUCCUUUCUGAAGCGCUUUUCCAGUCGACAGAUACCAGAAACGCAGGAAACAGUAGAAGACACCGGGAGUGAGGGUCAACCAGGCGACAGCCAAUCAGCCCCGCGGAGGCGCAGGCGCCUGCGGAAACAGCCGAAGUCUGUGGUCAAUCCAGACUCGAAUUUUUACUUCUACUGGCUGCUUGUGAUCACAGGUGGCGUUCUGUACAACAUGUGGACUCUGAUCGUUAGGCAGAGCUUUCCAGAGCUACAGAACAUGAUCUCGACGUUCUGGAUAAGCUGCGAUUCUAUCAGCGACUUGGUUUUUCUCCUGGAUGUGGUGGUGCAGCUACGUACUGGCCACUUAGAGCAGGGCCUCAUGGUGUAUGACAGCAAGAAACUGGCCUGUCAUUAUCUCCGUUCGCGUGCCUUUCUUUUGGAUCUAGCAGCCUUAUGUCCUCUCGAUUUGUUACAGUUUAGGUUCGGCAGUCAACCCUUACUUAGAUGCCCUAGGUUUUUAAAGGUGUACAGAGCUGUUAACUACUACUACAUGGUCGAGUCUAGAACGAUUUGGCCGAAUCUAUGGCGAGUCGUCAACCUAAUACAUAUACUUUUGAUUUUGGCCCACUGGUUCGGGUGCUUCUAUUUUUUAUUAUCGGAAGCUGAAGGUUUUCAGGGUGACUGGGUCUACCCCUACAGGCCAGGGGACUAUGCCACUUUGACGAGAAAAUACUUGGGAUCUUUGUACUGGUCAACCCUGACUCUCACCACUAUUGGCGAUCUUCCAACCCCUGAAACAAAUGCCGAGAAAACAAAUAGUGUUGAUGGUCCUCGAUCAUUGCCGCGCCGUGGAGUUAAAUCAAGACUCCUCCAGUUCAACACAAACUUUGGAUAUGUGUUCACAAUUGUUAGUUACCUGAUUGGUGUAUUUAUUUUUGCAACUAUAGUAGGUCAAGUGGGUAAUGUGAUAACAAAUCGAAAUGCGAAUAGGUUAGAGUUUGAGCGACUUUUGGAUGGUGCUAAAACGUAUAUGAGACAUCACAAAGUUCCAGGAGGCAUGAAAAGAAGAGUGCUCAGGUGGUAUGACUACAGUUGGUCUAGAGGGCGUAUACAGGGUGGUGGUGACAUCAACACAGCCUUGGGUUUGUUACCCGACAAACUGAAAACUGAACUGGCCUUACACGUCAAUUUAACAGUACUCAAGAAGGUCACCAUAUUUCAAGAAUGUCAACCGGAGUUUCUAAGGGACUUGGUGCUAAAAAUGAAGGCGUACAUUUUCACACCAGGCGACUCGAUUUGCCGUAAAGGUGAGGUGGCCAGAGAGAUGUUUAUAAUUGCUGAUGGCAUUUUGGAAGUUUUGAGUGAACACGGUAAAGUGCUGACUACCAUGAAAGCUGGGGAUUUUUUCGGGGAAAUCGGCAUUCUAAACCUGGAUGGGUUAAAUAAACGGACUGCAGAUGUAAGAUCGGUUGGUUACUCAGAGCUGUUUUCCCUAUCACGGGAAGAUGUCCUCAACGCAAUGAAGGAUUACCCUGAGGCCCAGGAAAUUCUGCAGGCUUUGGGUAGGAAAAGAUUGAUGGAAGUGAAAGCCAGCGCUAGGCAACAUGCCCACCAUGAAAAGCAUGGUCACCACGGUCAUGGUCACGACAAAGGGUUGGUUGAUAAGAUCAAAAGUGAAGCCAAGGGUCUGAGAAACGUGCUUAAAAAAACAAAAACGCAUCGUAGAACGAGUCAAGAAUCCUUAGAACUACAACCUCUUCACUCAAGUAGCAAUAACACCAAAGGAACUUUGAAAAGGAUGUCACGAGUCAAAUCGCACGAUUUAUCACAGGAAGAAAUCGAGAAAAAAGAGGAAAAACCCGAGGUUAUGACGUCACCGCUCGGUGCUGGGUUGCCGUUGUUACAACGACUAAGGCUUCUUAAAGAAAAACAGGAGAAUGAAGACAGAUCGAAACACGCAUCUCCGAUUAUAUCACCGACCAUCAAAAGUCCACCCUCAAUACAGGAAGAACCCAGCGAGCCUCUUGGUGCGGGGUUGCCGCUUCUACAAAGGAUAUUGAUGUUGAAAGCGAAGGAAGAAAAAGCAGCCAAGGCGGCUAAAACUGGAGUGGGGGGAAUGAUGGUGAAGAGUUCCUGUCAAUUAAUUAAUAGUCAAAUUAACGUAAGAUCAGCUCCACCCCCCUCUACAACGCAACCACAGCCCACUAGUCCUACAUCAAAGGCGGCAAUUAUAUCAACCACCAAAAUCCAGAUGCCUGCGAAGUUAAUAAAUAAUAAAAUAUCGUUGAGGGAACGUCUGAAACUGGCCACUGGUAUACCGACCAGGCAACCGGAAAAAGACUCGCUUCUCAAGGACACAAUUGAUUCCGGAUCCUUAGAAACCGAACUAAAACAAGUGAUAGUCGAACCGUCCAAUCAACUUUCACCAGCGCUGGUUACGAACGCGACCGAACCCACACGAUUAUUGCUGGACGAUACCCGAAUCGCAAGAGAACCAACAGCAAACAUCGAAGAAGCCACUACAUCAUCUAGCAACCAAAGUAAAAGUGAAACAGUUGACAAUAGUGACAGAUUGCACGAAUCUAGUGACAAUGUGAAACCUAUAGAAAAAAGUGACAGCAAUAGAAGCAGUAGACUGUCCAGUGACUCGAGCAUCGACAAGGCAGCCCAUUGGAGCAAGUUGAAAAAGGCGGCAAUCUCCAAAGAUAUUGCCGAACCUGGAGAACAUCUGGACGAGGAGGAUGCCAGGGAGGUACCCAGGGUGGUGGGGAAAAUUAAACCUAGUUUGGUGCUGACGAGGAAAACAAAACAAUACAGAUCCAUAGACGAUCUAUCUCCGGAGUACGGUCCAUUACCCUUCGUCAAAAAACUAAAAAUCCUCAACGAACGUCAAAAACUGGAAGAGCUGGAAACGGUCAUCAAAACACGCUCAUUCAGCCUCGACAUACCAGACAACGCUUCAUUCGACAACGACACUUUGACGCGCAGCCAAUCAGAGGGCAGCACUAUGCAUCAGGACGAGAAUUUCCUGAGUGCACCUCUACAAAGUCCGCUCCAUUCGAGCAACGAGUCCAACGAGACGCUGGAAAGGCGGAACCUGAAGUCCAUCUUGAAAAAGUUAUCAGAGGAUACUAAAGAAGACCCCGUUAGCGUGAUGCCAGAGAAGAAAGACAGCACUGAGUUCAAAAAGUUGAUGAGGGCUCCAACAAUAGAAGGCUACGCUGCCCGUCAUAGCAAGCUAUCAAAAAGCGUGACUUUCAACAGAGAUACGCUGCAAAGUCCUCCCAAUAGUGCCAACCUUAUGACUCAAGGCACACCGCAAAGUUUGUUUCCUUUUGUGAACUCCCCAGUUGAGAUGAUACGGGAUCAGGAUAAGAGAGCGGAACUGGAGAGAUACCUUCCCAACAAGACCAAUAACCAAGUUAAAUUGUUAAAAGGAUCGUUGGACGAUGAACAGCAAUACUUUGCCGAUAUACUGUUGGCAAUAAAGCAGGUGAUGUCGGCGCAUUUUCAGGACUUGCAGGAUAAAUUCCAGCAACGGUUUGAUAAACUUGAGCAGGACUGCAGACACAAAGACGAGAUAAUUUCUCAGUUGAAAGCCCAUAUAAGCGAGUUGGAGAGGAAUAACGACGAUUCUUUUACUGAUUCCUACGAUACCAUCAUUUCCAAGGAUAAGUCUUGGGAUGAACCUUCUCAGGAAGAGAUGGGUGAAAUUCAGGAACUGCCUCAGCAUCCAUUACAGCCUCAUCACGUUUGGCAAUCUUCUCAACAAGACAGUGAGGGUCAUAUCACGCACAACGUUAUUCUGGAUAUCGACUCUACCACGGAAGAUGAAUCGGAAAACGAAGUUGAUACCGAUGAAAAGGAUCUCUUCUUUAACGAAAGAAAUAGAGAAGCUGACUCGGAAACAGACCAAAACGAAUCUGAAAACGAAUACGAAAACACUAGCAACAAUUGGGAAAUCGAGUUAUUGGCAGCACAAAUGAGGGAAAGACGAUCAGCCAGUUUGGAUCACAAUUCUACUGGUCGCCCUUUGAGAAGGAGGUUCACCAAAGGUUCGAGUGUCGACAACACUAAUGACUGA